AUGUCCGAGCCCACCAACCCCCCAGCCCCCGUCGAGGCUCCCGCGGCCGCCGCCGCUCCCGUGGCCGCCGCUGAGGGCGCUGCUCCCGCCGGCCCCUCCAAGUCCGAGCUCAAGAAGCGUGCCAAGGAGGCCGAAAAGGCCAAGAAGGCCGCUGAGCGCCUCGCCCGUGAGGAGGAGGAGCGCAAGCAGCGCGAGGCCGCCGACGCCAUCGACAACGCUACCCAGAACUACGGCAAGCUUCCUCGCCACCAGUCCCAGGAGCGUCUCGGCCGCCAGUGGCUCAAGUUUGAGAACAUUACCGACGCCGACGUUGGCAAGGAGGUUCUCUUCCGCGCCCGUCUCCACAACAUGCGUCCCCAGGCUGCCAAGAUGGCCUUCCUCCAGUUCCGCCAGCAGACCGAGACUCUCCAGGGUGUCAUUGCCGUCUCGAAGGAGGCCGACGUCCACCAGGUCUCCAAGCAGAUGGUCAAGUACUCGCAGGGUAUCCCUGCCGAGUCCAUUGUCGUUGUUGAGGGCGAGAUCAAGAAGGCCGACGUCAAGUCGUGCACCAUCCAGCAGUACGAGAUCUCCAUCCACAAGCUCUUCACCGCUGUCGAGUCGGAGGCCCUUCCCUUCUCCAUCGAGGACGCUUCGCGUUCCGAGGCCGAGAUUGAGCGUGGUGAGGCCGAGGGCAAGCAGUACUCGCGUGUCUCGCUCCCCACCCGUCUUGACAACCGUGUCAUGGACCUCCGUACCCCCACCAACCAGGCCAUCUUCCGCAUCCAGUCUGGUAUCUGCAACAUCUUCCGCGAGCACCUCAACGGUCUCGGCUUCACUGAGAUCCACACCCCCAAGCUCCAGGGCGCUGCCACCGAGUCGGGUGCCAGUGUCUUCAAGGUCCAGUACUUCAACUCUACUGCCUUCCUUGCCCAGUCGCCCCAGCUUGCCAAGCAGAUGUGCAUUGCUGCCGACAUGGACCGCGUGUACGAGAUUGCCCCCGUCUUCCGUGCCGAGGACUCGAACACCUACCGCCACAUGACCGAGUUUAUGGGUCUUGACAUUGAGAUGGCCAUCUCUGAGCACUACCACGAGGUUCUCGAGACCCUCGACUCGAUCUUCAAGGCCCUCUUCAACGGCAUCGAGACCAAGUACGCCAAGGAGGUCGCUGCUGUCCGUGCCCAGUUUGGCGGCGAGCCCUUCGUCUUCAUUGACAAGACCCCCGUCAUCACCUUUGCUGAGGGUAUCGCCAUGCUCCGUGAGGCCGGCGCCACCGACUUUGACGGCUCGCCCCUCCCCGAGGACGCCGACCUGAGCACUGAGAACGAAAAGUUCCUCGGCCGCCUUGUCAAGGACAAGUACAAGACCGACUACUUUAUCAUGGACAAGUUCCCGGCCGGCUUCCGUCCCUUCUACUCGAUGCCCGACCCCACCAACCCCAACGUUGUCAACUCGUACGACUUCUACUUGAGGGGAGAGGAGAUCCUCUCGGGUGCCCAGCGUAUCCACGACCCCGAGUUCCUCACCGAGCGCCUCGUCGCCCUCGGCAUGAACCCCGCCGAGUUUAAGAGCUACAUUGACGCCUUCCGUCUCGGCUGCCCUCCCCACGGUGGUGGCGGUAUCGGUCUUGAGCGUGUCGUCUUCCUCUACCUCGCUCUCGGCAACAUUCGCAGGGCGUCGCUCUUCCCCCGCGACCCCAAGCGUCUCACUCCUUAG